CUCAGGACCUGUUGACUUGUGUUUGUCUUUUCUCAGUUUAAUCUAUUUGUGUCAGAGGUCAGCUGUUUUUAUGAUUCACCUGGUCCCUCUCUGCCGAACCGUUGGCCUGAGUUUACCUGUCAGGUUGAGUUUCAGAAAUGCCCUGUUCCACUGUGCAGCUGUGAAACAUCAGUGAACUAACGAAGCUGUGGUUUCCUGCGCAGCAGUGGUGUGACGAUGGCGGAGGCCCCAGAGCUGUUCUCCGAGCAGGAGCUAACCUGUUCCAUCUGUCUGGACCUGUUCAGCGAACCUGUGUCGACUCCCUGUGGACACAAUUUCUGCCAGGCAUGUAUUGGCGGUUACUGGGCGUCCAGUGCAGUCUGUUCCUGUCCUCUGUGUAAACGUCAGUUUGAUGAGCGUCCCCAGCUCUGCGUCAACAAGGUCUUCGCUCUCAUCGCAGAUAAAUACAAAUUGGCUCAUUAUGGACCCGGAGGGUUACCGACACUGGUCAGGAAUGGGCCCCCAGCCCCAGUGGGCGCCAUGUCGACUGUCACAAACACCGGUGGCACCAACCCGUUCUUGGCAGCGUCAGAUGAGGAGGUGGUGUGGUGUGACAUCUGUACAGGUGUGAAACAGCCGGCAGUCAGUUCCUGUCUCACCUGCACCGCCUCAUACUGUACUGAGCAUGUGCGUCCACAUCAGACCACACCCUUCUACUCCAAACACCCACUGAUGGACCCUGUGGAAGCCCUCAGGGGACGCACCUGCUCCAUCCACCGCCGCCUGCUGGAGGUAUUCUGCAGGACAUGUCAGCGUUGUAUCUGUGCCAUCUGUGUCCUGGAGGAACAUCGCAUGCACAAAACUGUCUCGGUCCAGACCGAGAGAGUCAGUAAGCAGAAAGAGGUAGCGAGGACGGAGCAGGAGAUCCUGAACCGGAUCAAAGCGAAGGACAUUCACGUGACUGACCUGAAGAGGAAACUGGACGGAGUCAAGAACUACGCAGACCGAGAGCGAGGCGAGGUUGAACACCUACUGGACGAGGUGUCCGGGUUGUUGGACCGGAUACGUUCUGACGUGGUGGGCGGGAUCCAGAACCAGCUGGAUGCUGUGAUGUCAAAGGGGGAGGGGCUGGUGAGCCGGCUGGAGGCGGAACUUAGCCAGCUGAUGGACAGGAGGGCCACACUGGAGGUCCAGGCCAUCAGUCAGGAUCACAUCAGCUUCCUGCAGAGUUUUGAGGAGGCCACUGCUCCGCUGGAGGAGGAGAAGGAGAAGGAGGUGGACGAGGACUCAGAGUUCUCACUCCACUUCCAGCUGGGAGGGGUGAAGAGCUGUCUGUCUGAUGUGAGGGAUAAGCUGGAUGACAUCAGGAUGGGGGAGGUCCGCUCCAGAGGCGCCACAGGCUCCUUUUCCUCUGGUGACUUGAUGGCGGCUGAGAGCAUGCUCAGUCUGAGAGGAAGCAGCCCCAAUCUGAGAGGAAGCAGCCCCAGCCUGAGGAAGAGUCAGUGGUCUCUAAAAGAUGGGAAGAAGACCAAACUAGUUUCAGGACACAAGAAGGCCCGAGUCUAUAUGGAGGAUGUCAAGUUGAACCCGGUGACAGCGUAUCCGUUUAUGAUCCUGUCUGAGGACAGAAAGCAGGUGAAGCGAGGAGAGAAGCUGCAGUUUUACAAAAACGGUCCUCAGAGAUUUGACGUCUGGUCCUGCGUCCUCACUAAAGAGGGAUUCGACACAGGACGACACUACUGGGAGGUGUUUGUUGGCGAGAGUAAGGACUGGAAGCUGGGCGUGGUCAGUGAGUCGGCUCAGAAGAAAGGUCUGUUCGACAUGAGUCCGUCUAAUGGAUACUACGUCCUCUGGUGGAGCAGCAACCAGCUGAAAGCCCUCACUGCACCGCCUCUUACCAAGGUGAAGACUCCUCAGAAGCUGCGUCAGGUGGGCGUCUUCCUGGAUGUGGAUGAGGGUCAGGUCUCCUUUUACAAUGUGAAAUCAGGCUCGGAGAUCUACACCUUCACCAGGUCUUCCGAGUUCACAGAGAGAAUGUUUCCUCUGCUGGGAACCGGAGACAAAGAGGUCCCCCUGAUCCUAAUGACCACAUAGCACCAUCUGGCCUGAGGGCCCCGGGUCCAGGAUGGACCGGGACCAAGACCAGACUGAGGGUCACACCUGGAUGAAAGAACGGGGGUACACUGGGGCAUGAGAGGCUGCUGGAGGACGAGCGUACGGAGGCGUAUAGCUCGAUUGUUUGAAGCUGGAUUUCCCCACAGAUAAAAACAGAAGUGGAAACGUAUGACGGUGUAUUAUUACUGCCAUGACAAAAACUAAAGAACAUAGUCUUUAUGCUAAAACAAGAUGUUGUAUUAGAUAUUCUAACUUUCCACAGCCUGAGAUAGUGUCCUCAUCAGUCUUUUGUCUAAUCAACAAUCAGAAACCCAGAGAUGUUCACAAUCAUCUGCAACACAAAGCUGCCAUGACAAAAACUAAAGAACAUAGUCUUUAUGCUAAAACAAGAUGUUGUAUUAGCAGAAGCUGCGACCAUGAAAAAUUUGGGGUUGAGCCUUAAAAAAAAAA